AAACUACCACAAAAAUGGGAAAUAAGUUGAACCUGUGUAAUGGGAACAACCCUGAACAACAUGAACAGAGAUUAAUACAUGCGAAGAAUAGUCCUGGGUCUCCUCCAAGAUGGUCAGAGAAGAGAUCUCGCUUUGGAUCUGACGAAGGCAUGAAUUUCGAUUCCAGCCCGGGAGAAUAUGAUGAGUUCCAAAUUUCGCAGAAGAAUAAAAUAGUUUCUGAGCACUGAACUCCAACUCCAAGCUCGAAGACAGAGCAUAGGAGUACUAGAGUGCUAGGAGAGAAUAUUAACUAUGACAACCAAGUUUUGCCACCAAAAUAUCCAGUAUCUGAAGAAAAUCAGUUCUUCAACUCUCGAAGGAUUUCAAAUUUGAACUUAAUCAUACUUUCUGAUGGACCAAUGAAGGGCUCUUGCUUACAGAUCACUCCAAAUGGACUGAAAGGAACAGACAGAGACCAACAGGAUGGCUACACAUAUUUUGGUUCCAAGACAGGGGCUUCAUCAGCUAGCGAGAACUACGGGUAUUCAAACCGAGAAGAGACUGAUUUUGUCAUUCCUAAACAAGAAUCAGGAAAUGCUCAUGGGAGACACUUCUACAUCAGAUAUGACUAUGAUGAGCAAAACUACAAGAUCAAAGAUUUGGGAGUUGGCUCUGGAGUGUUCAUGAAGCUAGAUUACCCAACACCUCUCAGAGACAACCAUUUGAUAAAUAUCGGUGAAUCUUAUUUGAUUAUUAACCUCAUCUCGACCAGUCAGAGAAUAAAAGCUCUUGAAUCUGAUACUGAAUCUGAUGAUGAUGACAGCUUUAAGGUUGACCGUGGAGAUGACAUCCCGAAGAUAAGAAUCAAGGUCUUUGGCGGUCCAAACUCUGGACAAGUCUUCUAUAGUAAUGGUAUGGAUACAGAUGAAAUCAAAAUCGGAAGAUCAAAUUACUGAAACAUCUCAAUAAAUGAUGAAGUGCUGUCUAAAUAUCAAAGCAAAAUUUAUUAUGACUUUGAUCUUGGCCAUUGGAUGAUAAAGGAUGGAGGAGAUAAGAAGUGCAGUCUUAAUGGAACAUGGCUGUACCUUAAUGAGGAAUAUACUCUUUAUGAAGGAAUGAAAUUCAAGGCUCAUUCAUUGAUAUUUCUGGUCAAAUAA